AUGUCCGGCCGAGAUAGAGAUAUUGGAAGAAAAUGGGAGUCUGGAUCAGCAAAAAGAAAAAGAAAAACUGAAAGAACUGCAACCAACAAGGUUUUGAGUUUAAAUAUGAUGAAGUUCCUCAACCAAACUGCAUCUGGUAGUACAGAACCUUCUGAAUCGAUAGCUUCGACUUCUACACAACAAACGAACGAGAUACCGUUGGAAAUAGCUUCAGAUUCUCUGAAUACCGAGAGCGAACGUCAGUUAGACGUAGAGCUUGGAUCAUCUUCUAGCCAAUCAAAAUUUGACGCUGAAACUCUUGUGCUGUCAUCAAUCAAUCAAGAAGAACAGAUUGACAUAGAUACUCCAAUUCACAGCGACGACGCCAGCGCCAUAGUUCAGCAAGUACUUGUUAAUUCGGAUCUGGGAUUGUGGACGUUUCCCAUAACGGAUUCACAGCGUCGUGACAUAGUUCGAAGCGGUCCCACACAGCAAUUAAAUAGCGGUGAUGAAUAUUAUCCCAAAGGUGAUGAUCACAGACACUUUUCCAAUUUCUAUUUCUCGAGAAAACUAAAUAAUGGUGAAACUCAACAUCGUCGCUGAUUUUGUGAUGCGUCAACUGGUACAAUAGUUGAACAUUUUAUAGGAUUUCUAGCUGUAACUGAGACAACUGGAGAAUAUUUAGCCAAUGCUAUACUGGAACACCUAGAAAAAUACGACUUAAAUAUUCAAGACUGCCGUGGCCAGGGAUACGACAAUGGUGCAAAUAUGGAUCGGGCGGCGGGGAGUGUCGGACUCUUACUGACUCAAAACCCCCCCGGCCGAGGCCGCGGUGCCUCAUUGCGCUUACCCCGCAACUGCGGCUGUACAUCAGCCCUAUAG